GCCCUCCAUCCCUGCUCCUGUAGCGGUGUCCGUCUCCCAGCAGAAGACGCCACCAUGAAUCCGUUAUUCGGCCCCAAUCUCUUCCUCCUGCAGCAGGAGCAGCAGGGCCUGGCCGGGCCGCUGGGGGACCCUCUGGGAGGCGACCAUUUCGCCGGGGGAGGGGACGUGUCCCCGUCGUCGCUCGCCCCGGCCGGCCCGGCUGCCUACUCGCCGCCCGGGCCGGGCCCGGCCCCCCCCGCCGCCAUGGCUCUCCGCAACGACCUGGGCUCCAACAUCAACGUGCUCAAGACCCUGAACCUCCGCUUCCGCUGCUUCCUGGCCAAGGUGCACGAGCUGGAGCGCCGCAACCGGCUGCUAGAGAAGCAGCUGCAGCAGGCGCUGGAGGAGGGUAAGCAGGGCCGGCGGGGCCUGGCUCGCCGCGACCAGGCCGUGCAGACCGGCUUCGUCAGCCCCAUCCGGCCCCUUGGGCUGCCCCUGAGCGCCCGGCCGGCCGCCGUCUGCACCCCGUCGGCGCGGGUGCUUGGCUCGCCCGCGCGGUCGCCAGCCGGCCCCCUCGUGCCCUCCGCGGCCUGCCACUCGUCGCCCUCCACCUCCACCUCCACCUCCUACUCCUCGUCAGCCCGCUUCAUGCCCGGCACCAUCUGGUCCUUCUCUCACGCCCGCCGGCUCGGGCCGGGACUGGAGCCCACGCUGGUGCAGGGGCCUGGCCUGUCGUGGGUGCAUCCCGACGGGGUGGGCGUCCAGAUCGACACCAUCACCCCCGAGAUCCGCGCGCUCUACAACGUCCUGGCUAAAGUGAAGCGCGAGCGGGACGAGUACAAGCGGAGGUGGGAAGAGGAGUACACUGUGCGGAUACAGCUGCAGGAGCGAGUGAAUGAGCUCCAGGAGGAAGCCCAAGAGGCUGAUGCCUGCCAAGAGGAGCUGGCCAUGAAGGUGGAGCAGUUGAAAGCUGAGCUAGUGGUCUUCAAGGGGCUCAUGAGCAAUAACCUGUCUGAGCUGGAUACAAAGAUCCAGGAAAAGGCCAUGAAGGUAGAUAUGGACAUCUGUCGCCGCAUUGACAUCACCGCCAAACUGUGUGACGUGGCCCAGCAGCGCAACUGCGAGGACAUGAUCAAGAUAUUCCAGAAGAAGCUGGUCCCAUCCAUGGGGGGGCGGAAGCGGGAGCGCAAGGCUGCCAUCGAGGAGGACACCUCCCUGUCGGAAAGUGAUGGGCCCCGCCAGCCCGAUGGGGAUGAGGAGGAGAGCACAGCCCUCAGCAUCAACGAGGAGAUGCAGCGCAUGCUCAACCAGCUGAGGGAGUAUGAUUUUGAGGACGACUGUGACAGCCUGACUUGGGAGGAAACUGAGGAGACCCUGCUGCUUUGGGAGGAUUUCUCAGGCUAUGCCAUGGCAGCCGCAGAGGCACAGGGAGAGCAGCAGGAAGACAGUUUGGAGAAGGUGAUUAAAGAUACAGAGUCCCUGUUCAAGACCCGGGAGAAAGAAUAUCAGGAAACCAUUGACCAAAUAGAGCUGGAGCUGGCCACAGCUAAGAAUGACAUGAACCGACACUUGCAUGAAUACAUGGAGAUGUGCAGCAUGAAGCGAGGCUUGGACGUGCAGAUGGAGACCUGCCGCCGGCUCAUCACACAGUCUGGAGACCGUCUCCUGCUUUCACUGCGGUCCCGCUUAGCGACCCGCCGCCACCGCCGCCAAGUGAGGCUGAGGACUCCGAUCGCGAUGUCUCAUCUGAUAGCUCCAUGAGAUAGGGACCUACCUCCAGCUUGGUGCCCUGGGGCCCCCACCCUGCUGGGAACUCACCGAGGCAGAGGGGGGUUCACAGAAGGGGAACGUCAUUCGCCUGGCCGCACCAAGCCUUGCCCCUGGGGACUGGGGCGCUCCUCCCUCAGCCUUCCUGCCUGGUCCUUAGCCUCCAGGGCCCUAAGGUGUCUGGAGCGAGGCUCAGCCUGCCCGUCCCAGGCGACUCCCACCACAGCUGGGGCUCUGCUGCCUUCAUGCGUGGGUGUCUGCUACUUUCUCAUCUUUAAAAUCCUGCCAGAGCAAUUGUGGCUCCUUACUUUCUCCACUGAGUAAGGAAUGUGGUUGUCAGAGCUUCCUUCCAUCUCUGGCCUCGAGCCAGCUGGCUGAUUCUGUACUGGUGCUAACCGGCCCAGGUACUGGUAUGAAGUGGAUUAGGCUGGAUAUUCUAUGGCUUAUAAACACAUGCAGUGGGAGGAGGACAGACUGGGUAGGCUGUUCUGUCCUCCCUCUGUCGUUCAAGUGCUCACUGCCGUCUGCCCGUGGAUGGCAGAGACGCAGCUGCGACCCUUCCCUCAUGAAGCCUGGGUCCAGGCAGCUUCUCAACCUGACUGGGUGCAGUGUUGUGGAGGGAAGUGGAAGCCCUUGCUUGUUUCCCAGUCAAUGCUGAGUGGCAGAGAAAAAGGUGAAGCUACUUGUGUGUGUGUGUGUGUGUGCGUGCGUGUGUGCGUGCAUGUGUAUGCGCUCAGGGUCUUAGUCUCUUCAAGCAUCCAUUGGAGAUCUGUCUCCUCCGUGUCUGUCAUACACUGAGGGCCAAUAGGCUAAGAAGAUGUCCCAGACUGGGAAGAGGUUGGGAGAAACUGGAGACAUGGCAAUGAGGGAGGACGCGUCAGCCUAACUGCCUGAGGAAGGCUGAGCUGACAUUGGAAUGGAAUCUUUAAUAAUAACCUGGAGAGUAUUUACUGAA